UCAGUCUCCGUGUGAACCCCGUAAGUGCAAGAUGCAUUUCAGCGAGUCUGUUCUAGUGAUAGCAGCCCUGCUAUUUAAUACUCCUAGUCAUGGCGAUCGAAGUCUUACGGCGGCCUUGGAACGCUUGCAAAGCAUUGACAACGCUAUGAUGCCAAACAUUCGUGAAUCACUUGAUGACUGUGAGAUGCGGUACUACAAGUACGAUCAGUAUGAACCAGUAAGAACGCCUUUGGUACGACCCAGACAAACAGCCCGUGAGGUUCCUCAUCUGGCUGCCAUCGGAUGGAACGGCGUGGGUAACACAUCAACGAAGUGGCGCUGUGCAGGAACUCUCGUGUGGGAAAGCUUCAUAUUGACUUCAGCGCGUUGUACGGUUGAUGAGAGUAACGCGGCACCCGAUGUGGUACGAAUGGGAGAUGUCGAUCUCGGUAGCGAGGAAGACAAUCAGUUCGUCCAGGAGUUGAAGAUCGUAGAGGUUAUUCGGCAUCCAGAGUUUCGGGAAGGAGAACGCGAUCACGAUAUUGCGCUGCUACGCCUAGAGUCGAAUGUGACAUUGGACUCGACUGUUGUACCUGCUUGCCUGUGGAAUCAAGAUGCUGUGCACUACCGAGCGAUGCAUGUUACGGGCUGGCAAACCACCGACCGAUCAGUGGGAUUGUCCAAGUUGUUGAAGGCAGAAGUUCGACCGGCUACUGGGGGCUGCAUUGGAGCUAACAGCUCCCUCCAGUACGUGUGUGUUGAAGGCAGUGAGUCACAAACUUGCUCGAGCAUCGAUGGAAAACUGCUGCAGGUUGAUCUGCAUCACAACGCAAAGAUGACUCCAUUCAUAGUAGGCAUUAGUUCCUCACCAAAUGGUUCCUGCGUUCGGGACGAACCAUCAUCUUACACGAAGAUUUCUGCGUACGUGGACUGGAUUCAGAGGACCAUUGAGUCUCGUGGAGAAUCGGCAUGGAGUUGGAAGUUUAAGCCAGCCGAAUGUGCUCUUCGCUACGUCCACCUUCGUCAGUACGAACCCAACGUCAUCAUUGCUCGGACAGGAACCCAAGAAACGGUAGAUCCUUCUCUCGCGAGGAUGCAGAUAUUAUACUCAGCGUCGGUCGUCGAGAUUCGUUUCUAUAGCUUCAUUAGUGUCUGCUUUGGUGUUAUCAUCGAUGAGCAGACCGUACUGACGUUAGCUCAGUGUACCACCCAACAUGGGAGACGCGCUCAAAAUGUGCGACAUGAUCGACUUGGGUAUGCCGGUAUGCCCGUUGUAGAUCAUUACAACCAUCCUGGCUAUAGAGAGGGCGAGCAUCGUAAUAACAUAGGCCUUUUGAAGCUGCGUGAUCGGUUUGAUUUUCGUGACACACUCGUCCCAUUCUGCAUUGGCCAUGAGGCGGAACUGCCGCUGGAUGAAGUGAAGGUUGCUGGACAGGGUCGCUGGGAUUUGAAUUUCUUUAGCGAGCAUGAUAAGUCGGUAGAUGUGUUCCAAUCCAUGAUGGCUCCUCUGUUGCCUCGUGCUGAGAUACUAUCGCAAGCCAACUGUUCCUACCGGGCCGACGUUAAGGUUGGACUUCCGGGAGGGCUUUCCGACGAACAUCUGUGCUAUGGUAACGAACAGUACCUAGUGCCGGAAACAUGCAGUCAAGACUUUGGACGUCCAAUCGGUGGGUUCGUCGAUCGAUUGGAUAAAACCUUUCGCUACACAUACGCGUUAACAUUGUUCGGAAGGGACUGUGGUUUCGGUUCACCGGCUGUUGGCGUACGGUUGGCACAUCAUGCUCAUUGGAUCAAAUCGAUCAUGCUGCCAGAAUAUCGGAAGGAUACUGGAUCGGUUUAUUUUAUCAAUUCUGAGUUGCUGGAAGGAGAUACGUGUCGGCAUGUCGAUGGUGCUGGUGGCACCUGCGUAGACGCUAGCCGGUGUCCAGCCAUUCGUUACGGUUUCUCUGUUAACCGCCAGGUAGUGUUUUGUAGUGGACCAUCGAUCGUAUGCUGUCCGUAUGAGAACAUCGUGAAUGAAACAUCUGCAGCUGGGAGAGAGCUGGACGACUGCGCUGGAAUGUAUCGCGAGGAACGCGAGCGUACAGCGACAAUGAUGUACAGUAACGGCCCUGUCCAGGAUGAUAAUCCACACAUGGUACAACUAGGUACAGAAACUUCGGACGGUCAGAUGCGUUGGAACUGUCGCGGUACAAUUAUCAGCCGCACGACUGUCGUAACCGGGUGCCAGUGUUUGCUGAACCAGGGCAAUAAGCCAACGGUCGUCCGGUUAGGAAUGUCGGAGAUGGCAUCAAUUGUGGAGGUGAACGAAGUUAUCUAUCAUCCCGAUUACUCAAAUUCCACCAAGCAGUAUGAUGUGGCGUUGGUUCGGUUGAAGAGCCCAAUUGAUACUGCAGCAUCGGGCAAGUUUCCGGCCUGUCUCUGGACUAAUCAAACGCACACACCGUUCAAGAUGAUUCAAACUGUGAUCAACGAAACGGCCGAUGACUACACCUAUGUGACGGGAAAGUACAAUUCGGAUUGUGCUUGGUCGGUUGGAAACGCUAUCAGCCAGAGUCAGCUGUGCGUAGCGAUCGAGCCGCAAAACACAAUCGUUUCCAGUGGUGAUCCACUGUUUUGGUCGAGUGACCGGCGUGAUAGUGACAGGGAGCGGGUAGAGUAUCUGGUGGGUUUGAUGAGCUAUUCAGCGUCGAAAGAUAAAUCAAUCCAUGUGCAUAGUCGCAUGUCGUGGUUUGCCAGCUGGAUCAAGACUAUUCUCUAGAAGGUAGACAAAGUUAUGAGAAACCAGAGCACCAACAUGAAAGAUUGCAGAAAGAAUUAGGAAAUUUAAAGUUAAAUUAAACAUUUACAACCAUACUUGACAUAAUACAACAAAUCCAUGAUAGAAAGCGCAUAUCAAUGAUAGGAAGUGAUAUUCGAGAGUACUUCUGUAGCAAUAAUAAAAUCUGAAAGUGUCUCUGAACAAUGCUGCUAUGCACUAGGAUAAGGUUACAAAUGAAGCACUUUAGGAUGAUCGGAUAUGAUCGGCUAACAGCCGUAAGGCUGUUUAAGAGUAGUAAAUAAGAACAGUUCAGUGAAUAAUAAUCAAUUCAAUUGAUAAUCAUUCUUUGAUAAUCACUCCAUCAAUUGACUUCUUAUUUUUAAAUUCAUUUAUACGUUUAUUUUGCGUGAUUUAUUCGUCAGUUGAAUUUAAAUAAAUGAUUAGCAGUUUAAAAUUACCUUUAUAAAGAUUUAUUCAUGGUAUGUUGGUUAUGUUUAUCGACUUAGUUGACUAACUAAACCCUAGUAAUUUAGUCCCCGAUCGUUCAAUCGUUCUAUAAACCCGCAUCUCAUCCCACUUCAAUUGGA